GCGCCCUCCUCUCCUCAGCUCAUUCCCUCCUCGCCUCGGAGGGAGACGGAGUGAGUCGCUAGCCUGCUGCCUCUUCCUCCCCAAGAGUAAGCCCCUGCAUGCGGCUGGAGGAGCUGCGGGCGGCCCGGGCGAGCGCCCCAGCCCAGGAGAAGGAGAGGGAGAGGAGGAGGAGACCAUGAACAGCGCGAAAGGCGAGCAGGAGCCCACUCCGCCGGAGCCCAGCCUGACCGAGGAAGAGGUACGAACACUCUUUGUCAGCGGCCUGCCUCUGGACAUCAAACCCCGAGAGCUCUACCUCUUGUUCAGACCAUUCAAGGGUUAUGAAGGCUCUCUUAUUAAACUCACAUCCAAGCAGCCUGUGGGCUUUGUUAGUUUUGACAGUCGCUCAGAAGCAGAAGCUGCUAAGAAUGCUUUAAAUGGAAUCCGAUUUGACCCCGAAAUUCCUCAGACGUUGCGGCUAGAGUUUGCUAAGGCCAACACGAAGAUGGCUAAGAAUAAAUUAGUGGGAACACCAAAUCCCAGCACUCCAGUUACCCCCAACACUGUACCUCAAUUCAUCACCAGGGAGCCAUAUGAGCUCACAGUGCCUGCACUUUACCCCAGUAGCCCUGAAGUGUGGGCGCCGUACCCUCUCUACCCAGCGGAGUUAGCACCUGCUCUACCUCCGCCUGCUUUCACCUACCCUGCUUCACUGCAUGCCCAGAUGCGCUGGCUCCCUCCCUCAGAGGCUACUUCUCAGGGCUGGAAGUCCCGUCAGUUCUGCUGAAUACUGUGUACCAGGUGUGUGAUGGCGGCUACAAUCUGUCUUGUGGGUAUUAAUGCGUUCUUCCUGAGUCGCUACUGGCAUCUUACCUUCAUCUUCAGAAUUACAGUGUGGUGGGCUCGAACAAACCUCACACAAGCUUGAAUUCCUUCAAGACUUUGCCACAGCCUCUAUCACACAUCUGCUUCUUAGAAAUAAAAUACAAAUAUCGAGUAGUAAUAAUGUGUUCUUCUACACUGUAUAAAAUUUUAAGGAAGAGCGCAAGUUCUAAAAAGCAUAAGGGAACAUCUGGUUUGAAAAGGUAUUUUCAAGCAGAGCAUCAAAGAGAACACGUAUUUUUAUACCAUGCCUUGUUAGGUAGAAGGGUCUUAUGCUGGUUUGGAUUACUGAUUAUGUGCUUGACUUUUGAAUGCCUAUAAUGAAGACUUCUCUUUUCCCUGUCUUUUUAAACUGCAUGUUUAAAGCAUGUUUUUAAAAUUUGUUCAGAUUUUUUAAAAAGUGAAUUGUUAAAAUAUAUGGACAUUUUGGUUAUCUUGGCUGGGAACCCGAGAUGUGUGUUGAACAUGUGAAGUGUUCCUGUGGUAUAUGUACAUGUUUCUUCUAAUUGUGCCAAAUUAUAUUGAGCAAAGACAAUCAGAAAUACAACCCUUUCUUUGUAAUGCUAAACUAUUUUACAGGUUGCUGUAUUGCAUAUUAGCAAAGUUUGAUUGCUGUAUUGCAUCUUAGCAGAGUUUGACAGCAGUUUCGCACAGUAUUUUCUAUAUAUGAUCACAUACUUGGAUACAUAACUGCAUUGAAAAUGCAUACUAGUGGACAGUAGAAAGCCAUGGCAAUAUUAAACCCAUUUUCUAUCCCCUUGCACCAAGAAACAUUGGAGGCAAGUGGCUGCAGUUGUGUUGGCAUACCUCUUCCAUUCAGACACAUUUCAAUGUGGUGCCGUUCUGGACCUGAAGGAUUAUGUAGCAAACAAGGUAGCAAAGGCAGUUCUUAAGUUAGAACCAAUCUUGAAUACACAUAAAAUAUCUUUAUUAAUGAAGUUGCUAACAACUAUACAGUUGACUUCCUUUACAAAAACUGUAUCUUUGACGUGUAGUUAAUGACAUCCUUGCUCUGUGUAGGAAGCCCACUUCCUUCAACCUGUUGGCAGAAGCAUUGCCUGAUGUCUAUCCAGAAAGCAAAAGUGAAAUAACUGAUAGGCACAACUUAAAUUUGGUUUUGGUAUCAUUCAGUGGGCCAAUGCUCUUCAGGUUUUCAACAUUUUGCAAACGACGGGGAGGAUACUACCUUGUGUUACUUUCAGGAAAAGAUGUAUGCACACAUAAGCCAAACUUAAGUGUGCAUAUCCUGGCCCUUGUCUGUUGAGAAGCCAAAGGCUUUUGCUGAGUACUGCUCUGUAGUGAUAGGAUCCUGUUGGUUGUUAUGGCAUUGUUUUCCUGCAUAAAAUGUCAAGUUAAUCUAUGACACAAAUUGCCCAGGACCGAGGUCGCAUUUCUGUAUGAUUCCUAGCACGCCUGUUUUGUGCCACUUUGUUAAUCUGAAAUAUCCCAUAACAAACCAACCAACGUUAUUAUUUUCUCAGCAUAUUUCCCGUCCUCAUUUGAUAUGUGGACUCUUUCUACACUUACCUUAGGAAAUCGUACAAAAAGCAAUAUUGUGAGUUGAGGGGGGGGGGGUGUCGUUCAAUGGGUUGCAAAUGGAGAUGUUUUGCCUCCUUCAAAGGCCACAUACAAUAUGUGUGAUGUGUCUCAGUAUCUCUUGCAGUGGCGAAAAAAAGAUUGGACAUGCAGUCCUAGAGUUCUGUGAUUGGCACGAUGUUACCCAGUGUACAAGGGCACUUUCUCUGGGAACCUUCUGUCUUAGUGGGAAAUCAUUUCUUGGUGGCAGAGUAAUUACUUGGGCUGGAAUGGAUGGGUGGAUGAUUCACUCUUUUGUGUGAUUCAUGUCAGUUUUUUCCAGGCCUGACAUAGGACAAGUAAGCACUGAUUGAAUAGUCUCCUCUAACUUUGUCCUGAAUUCAGUGAUAGGGUUUUGGUACCAUCAUUCAUUAUUCUGUAGUAAUAACAAUAAAUCAGCUUGUGCAUCCAGGUAAUGGAACCAGACAACUGUUUCAUGAAAUCCAGGAGUAAAAAUCCAAAUUCUGCCUUUUUCUGCCUAAAGAUUAUCAGAGGAGUGAGCCUCAGACAUGGACCCUGUGCAGAUCUUAGGUGCAGUCCUGAAUACUAUCAACAGAGCCCCUUGGGGAGCUCUAGUUCUUCUGAACCACUUUCCUAAGAUGAGAGCAAAGGGAAUAAAAUAAUCAAGUGUUCAAGCAGGACUCAUCCAAAUAUGAGUCACUUGACCUGGAGUCAUAUUAUUAAGUAAAUCAUUGCAAUAUUGCCUUGAGGUUAUUUGUUGGGUACAUUUGCUUAGAGGGGAAAAUGAUCUGGCUUUGUCCAGCUAAAAGCAGGCCAUAAGAACAAGUCAGUUUUAAUGUGACAAAAGUAGGCAUUGUUUUGGCUACAGUUUUGUUUAAAUCGUUAGCUGGCCAUAUGGUGGAAGGGUGGAACGAUUCCCUUCUGCAUGAAAUGUAGAUUUCCAACCCUCCUAAUUCAGCAGCUCCACAUGCCGGUGGUUGCUCUUGCUAUAAACCGAAUCAUGUUUGCAUCUGGACACCCCAUGGCAAGGCUGAAGAAUGUGUGGCCUUUCAAAUUUUGUUGGAUUGCAGCUUCCAUCAACCCCUGCCAACAUAGCCAGUGGGAAGAGGUGAUGGCUGCUGUUGUUCAAAAGUAUCAGGGGAGCCAUAUAUUUCCCAUCCUUGCCUUACAUCUGCCCCAUUGUUCCUAUCACAACAUUGGGUUUGACUGUAUGGGUUUGUUUAACAAGUUGUUAAACUGUUUUAACAUGGUUAAAUGUUCUGAACAUUGUAAUUGUCGGAUUUCAUUUGAUUUGAGAAUAAGUAGCCAGUAUGAAGAGAAUAUAAUAUGUUGUAGGGUAACACAAGUGUGAUGUCUCAAGAAAUCAUAUUGCAAAAGCCUAUUGUUAGUCCCAAACAGAGCAGACCCAGACCCUUUCCACACAGUCUUUACAUUCCAGGAUCUGGUCCCGGGUUAUCUGGUUUGAAAUGGAUUAUAAUGAAUCUGCACUGCCAGAAAACCUGGGAUAAGCAGAUAUUUUGGGAUCAGAUUCCAGGAUAUAGGGACAGUGUGGAAGAGGACCACCCAGUACAUAAAUAGUACCUUGAUAAAUCAAUCUUGUGUGACUUGAUUUAGUGGACUACUUUAACGGGGAAUAACAAUAAGGUUCAUGCCAAAGGCUCCAUGAUAACAAAAGAUCAGCAUAUACAGGUUAAAAAGUACCCAUACUAAGCAAAAAUAAAUGGAUGACUUGAACGAAAUUAAAAUGUCACAGAUAUUUGAAUUAUUCUAAAAAGAAUUGUGUGGAACUUACUAAGCAAAAAAACCUUAAUUUGAUGUUUUCUAUUGGCAAUGAUUAAAACAGAUAAUGCUUCCAAUUUGUCUAUGAUGUUUUUUUAAAAAAUGUUGUUAAAAGGUACUUUUCUAUUGUAAUUUUCUAAAAAUAAAAGCAAUGAUCAUAACUUA